AAUUUAUUUUCCAAAUAUGCAGCCGCCGGAUAAAGAUAGGAAUAUACAAGCAACAGCCUUGCCUCGAUUGAGAGUCACACACGACAAGAUACGAUCAUACGUAUCUCUCUCUCUUAGUGGACUGGAUGCACAGCGCAUAUGUAAUACCUAAAUGAGACUAUAAAACCACUGCACACAUCAUCUCAAAUUCCAUCUAAUAAUUCUUGGAAAUGAGCAGCACUGCCUUAGCUCACUCGCUCCCCACAAGCGGCGACGCCCUCCGCUUCUCCUUCCCCCGCUCCACCCGACCGCCCCACUCCGUCUCCUUCCGCCCCCGCCCCGCCCCUCUCCACCUCCGAUCCGCGCUCAACGCCACAGUUUCCGACACGCCCGCCGCCCUCAGCUUCUACGAGCUGCUCGGCAUACCGGAGACGGGCUCCUUGCUGGAGAUCAAGCAAGCGUACAAGCAGUUAGCAAGGAAGUACCACCCCGACGUCUCGCCGCCUGGUCUGGCCCAGGAGUACACCCAGCGCUUUAUUCAGGUUCAGGAGGCCUACGAGACGCUGUCGGAUCCUAGCCGCCGGGCCCUCUACGACCACCACGUCGCCUCGGGGCUCCACCUCGCCUUCGCCGCCCGCCGCCACAGCAGAUUCGAUGAGGAAAUGGAGGAUAGAGGCGAGUGGAAGAACCGGUGGCAGUCUCAGCUGUCGGAGCUCAAGAGGAGAAGCGUGCAGAAGGAGUGUGCCGAUGACAUGUCAUGGGGUGCAAGGAUGCGUAGAGAGAGGAACGGAACAUGAUCAACUUGCUAAUUCCUAUAGCCUUCUUCUACCUUUCUCUUCUUCUUUUUUGCUGGUUUAGAAAGGGGCGUCUGGCUACGUCGUAGUUUUGACUUGAAUCCGAAAGCACGCUGUAGUUAUAUCUGAAUAUAUAUGUACAUAGUCUAUUCAUCUCUUCGCCCUUGCCUUGCAAUAUGAUUUCUUUUAUCGGACAA